GAACUAUAACAGAAGGAUCAAUUGGGCAAUAUGGUAGUCGAAGGCUUUGCUCAGAUCGAAGAAAUUUGUCAAUAUAUUUCAAAACCAUGUGUCAAUAAGAUUUUGAAAGAGUUACCUGGCCAUCUACAGGACGUUAAUGACAUAAAUAAGUAUUUUUCUAGUUUACCUACCAUUGUUAAGUCUGAGUUACAAUUGAAACUGCUGGAAAAAUAUAACACCAACCAGCAAGCCAGACAAUUCACAUUCUCCCAAAUAACUUGCCACGAUUAUCAAAAGUAAUGCCUUGGGUGUUGACGGAAUCAACCUAAAUAUGCU